ACUUCUGCAACAUUUCUGCGGCAUUUACAAGAUGUGGUCUACCAAGCCAUUUAUUAUCGACUGCGCUUUAUGUAGGCGCAUAUUUUCAUGGGCCCAAACCUGUCACAUAUUUAUCCUCAAAUUUAUAUAUGCAUUGCCCAGUUUUUAAGGCCUCUUUAAUACAAAGAGCCACCCUCAACAACAGUAACAAACUGUAAACCACAACAGAUCACACAUCGCACCGUUUCUACAAUGGCGGAAGACUGUGGAGCCAAGAACUUUACUACGCUUCCUCCUCAAACCACGACAUUCUUGCUUUUGUACCCGAGUCCUUAUGUCCUUCUCGUCACCAUCGAUAGGGCCCAAGCCAUGAACUCGAUCCCGAUAGCCGGACACUGGGAAGCGCACGACCUCUUCCAGUGGUUCGACAACGAGCCCAACCUACGCGUCGCCAUUAUCACCGGAUCCGGGACGAAGGCCUUCUGCGCCGGCCAAGACCUCAUCGAGCAGAACAAGAAGCGAGCAGAAUCCACCAACGUCUCUCGAUCCUCGCACCCACCAGGAGGCUUUGCAGCUCUGAGCAGACGGCUUGGGAAAAAGCCGGUCAUCGCUGCUAUCAAUGGCUUUGCGCUUGGAGGGGGGUUCGAGAUCUGCUUAAACUGCGAUCUUGUCGUCGCAUCCCCAAAGGCAUCGUUUGGUCUGCCCGAGUCAACUGUCGGCCUAUAUGCCGGAGCUGGAGGACUCGCGCGAGUGGUACGCAACUGUGGUCUGCAAAUCGGCUCUGAGAUCGGGCUUACGGGACGCAGGCUGUCAGCACAGGAGGCAAAGGGGUUUCACUUGGUCAACGUGAUUGCGCAGACGCCCGAGUCUGUCGUGGAGGAAGCACUGAAAUUGGCGAGACAUAUAGCUGAUAUCUCUCCGGAUGCGACGUUUGUCACCCGGCAGGGACUCCGUGAGGCUUGGGAGACGGCCAGCGUGGAGAGAGCCACGCAGCUUACUGGCGAUCGGUGGGCGGAGAAGCUGAUGAGGGGCGAGAAUGCUAGAAUUGGUCUGGCAGCAUUUGCAGCAAAGAAGAAGCCACAGUGGGUCUCUUCUAAUCUAUGAUUAUACUCUGUACUGUGAGGGUUCACAAUAAAUGAGGAUUAUGAAUGGUAGGGACGUUAUCGAAUUACUGGAGAAAAGAAGAAGAAGAGAAAAAGGCCUCUCCUCCCGAAGUUCUAAAUGCACGUUUGCCAUCCUCUGCACCUUCCCGAAUACUUUGGUUGGAGGCCUCUAAAGCCGAUAGUUCGUAACCAAUAGUCUGGGCGUACAGCCCAAGACUCUUAUAUGUACAAUACAUAAACAAUUAACUAUAUUAUCGUAUAAGAGUAUCAGGGCACGAAAGGAUGAGGUCAAACUCUG